AUGGCGGCACUCAGUGCUCCCCCACAAAAUGAUACUGGUUUGCGCCUGGUCCGCGAUAUCUGGGGCGUAACUGCUGUCGCAAUUCUCGCGACGAUACUGCGAGUCGUGGCUAAGCUACGUAUUCGCCAGUUCAGAGUGGACGAUGUUUGCAUGAUAACUGCACAGUUGCUGGGGCUGGCAGGAUCGAUCGUUCUCACGGUCGGUGUAAAUCAGGGACUUGGCCAGCAUGUGUGGGACAUGGCUGAGUCCAAUGUCCCCGAGGUCAUCAUGUUCGACUACAUCACACAAGCCCUGGGUCUGAGUGCGUCGUGUAUGGGACGAGUUGCCUUCACAAUUUACAUUCUUCAUCUCCUUGGCUCGGAGCGAUCGCACAAAAUUAUUCUAUGGACACUUGUUGCCACACAGUUGGCGACGAAUGUGGUUUCCAUCUUGAUAAUGUUUUUGCAAUGCCCUGGACAUGGCUCCGCAAUAUGGGACCGACCCGGAAAGGCGAAGUGCUGGGGAGUCCAGGUUCAAGCUUACUACGGAUACUUUCAGGGUGCUUUCAACGCGACUACGGACUUAUAUCUUGCUGUGUUCCCAACAUAUAUUUUCUGGAACUUGAAUAUGAAGCUUAGGGCCAAGAUAGGACUGAUGGUGCUUCUAGGCCUCGGUAUAUUUGCAAUGGUUGCUGCAAUAGUCAAGACUAUUCAGCUUCGCGUCUUGGCCAACCCCGACGACGACCCAACUGCGGCCACCGUCACGAUGGAUCGUUGGCUAUACAUUGAGACAUACCUGGUAAUUACUACGUCGUCAAUUCCCUGUAUUCGCUCACUGCUAGCACGACGUAAGAGCCGGAACCAGAGUGACUUGAGCAAUACUUACGAGUUGAGUUCGCGCUCAAGACACGCUGAAGAGUCAGGAACUUCCAAAGGCAAGCGACCCGUUUCAAGGGUCACCGGGAAAUAUCUUAAUCAUUUCAGCGACGAUACUGGUAGCGAAGAUGAUAUUUUACGAAGUAGUUCGCACGAAUCGCAAUGUGGGGUGGAUUCUGGGAUCGUGAAGCGCGUCGAUAUUACUGUAUAUGUUGAAGAGGGCGAGAAGGAGAUGGUGGACAUGCCCGAGUACCACAAACCAGGAUGA